ACAAAAAAAAUUAAAGACAACAAUAGUUUUAAUGAUUUUCGGCAAAACUUAAAGCAAAAUUUAAAAUUGUGGGGCUAACUAGAAGCAAAUAGCGAAAUAAAAAAUUAAAAACUGAAACUAAAUUAAAAAAACAUUUAAUUUCCAAAAAUCUUAAAAAAAAUAUAUAAUUAAACCACACGCAAUUACUUCGUAACACUUCGGCGCGGCGCUAGCAACGAAUAUUGAUUCGACGUUUACAACAACAACAGCGACGCGUGGUGCUGAGUCUUCAUACAAUUGCUCAAUAAACAUAUGUAAACGCCACAGACAACUAAAACAACAAGCGCUCGAUUAGCAACAACAACAAAAACAAACACAAUAAUUAAUAUCACCAACACAACAACAGCGGCAAACAGAAUACGCGAAAAAUGGGUGACGAACAAGAAGAACGCACCUUCAAGGAGAAGAUGCUCUUCUACACCACUGCCUUCUUCAUACUGCUCGGCACAUUUAGUAUGUUUGCAUUUCUCUUUCUCGUGCCGUUUGUCAUAGAGCCCGCCUUCACGACGAUCUUUAUGCAAUUCGAAGAGGUGCCCGCCUUGUGUGAAACCUACGAUGUGGAGACAUAUUUCGGCGCCAAGAAUUGCUCGUGGGCGUCAUGUCGCGAAGGCUGCACAAAGGAUAUUUACACUUGUACGCAGAUACGCGUCAAUUAUCGACUGAAUUUGUACAAUUACACAGAUGAAUUCAAUUUCACCGAAUAUCACAUUAAUUUGGCCGAGGCGGAACGUGAAUUGCCGCCGGUCAAGCGUACCGAUCGCUAUGAGCGCGCCAUACGCGAUUAUGAUUAUGAUGCGGCCACGAGUGAUGCCGCCAAGGCGAAUCAAGUGGUGUAUGUCCCAGCGGCGGCGGCAUUAAUGUCCAGCCCCGCAGUGUCGCUGGCAGCUGCAGCGGCGGCGUCGGCGUCGACGACAAGCGAGCAAGUACGACUGAAUACGAUCAGUUUCGGUGGUGAGAGUGCCGGCAUUGGUGACGGUACUAGUGGCUAUCUCGUCGAUGAGGAGCCGCUAGACGAUGAUAUGAGUGGUGCACCCGGGAGUAUAUUGUUUAACGAGGAACGACAUCCCUUCGAUGAGAUCUCCGAAUUGAAUGAGGGUCUCAUGGGUAAUAAUUCGAUGUAUUUCUAUGUGGGCGCGCGUCUCUUUCCCAACGUUAAGGGUUGUGGUUAUCCGCCUAUGCUGAAUUGUACAAUUUGGCUGAAACGUUAUACGAAGAUUGGUAUUAAGUUUCCGUGCUAUUAUUCGAAAGUCGAUCCAAGUUUGGUGAUAAGCGAUUUGGAUUAUUGGCAGAACACAUUGAAUCUGAUCUAUUCGAUGGCCAUACCAAUACCAUCGUUUAUUAUAUCGGUGAUAUACCUGACAUAUGCAUACUUCAAAAUCUAUAAUGAGGAUGAAGAAACGGCGCCGCUCGAUAAGAAUGCCGAAGAUAUGGAUAUUGAUGAGGGUGAGGUGGACGAGAGUGAUGGUGCUGCGUUGGCUAACAAUGCUGCCGGCAGUCAAAUCAUCAAUAUGGACUCGACGACGGGUGAGAGUUGCGUGGAUGUGGUACUGCCGAAUGGUGGUCCCGGCAUGACGACCUCUAUAUCGCAGGGCGGUUCGGUCACAACGCCCGGCCAAUAUUUGGCACAAUCGCCGGGCGGUUCACAAAUGACACCCAAUUCCGAUAUGAAUUCAUUCGGUCAUCAGCUUAAAGUGCAAAUGGCGGACGAAAUGUCGCGCGACUCAUUGGAAAAUGGUGUGCUGUCGACAUCGAACUCGGUGCAGGGAAACUUGAGCAAGACGAUGACGACGAGUAUCUCAACUCCGCCUGGGCCGACAGCAGCAGUUUAAAACGCAAAGUCCACGGCAUGGAUAAUGUACGUUUUCGCAUUGGACAAUGAAAUGUGUGCGCACCAAAUAUUUAGCUUUUAAAAGUCUCAGCUCUCGUACGAAAUUACCAUUAAAUGAUACUAAUUAUAACAAAAGCAAUUAGCUAAUAUCACAUAUGUACAUACGUAUGUAUGUAUUUACAUAUGUAUGCAUAAGAGUUAGGCAUUCUAGUAUGCAGCACAAGCAAACUCACACAAAAGACAAUGCAAUAAAUUUAACAAUUAUUAAGUGAACACACACACUAAAACAAAGGGAACUAGCAAAAUACAAACAUACAUACAUACAAAGGCAUGUAUGUACAUACAUAUACAUACAAUAUAUACUUGUAGUUAUGCGCUGCUUACUAUUUAAUAAUUAAAUUUAGUAUAUAACUUUGUAAUUGUAUUGUGAAACAACAAAUAAGCGACUUAACACACACUAGAGCGUUUAUAAUCUAGAUAUGCGAAUGGCAGAUAACAAUUUAUAUAUUCAAGAGAAUUAUUGCAAAUAAAUUAAUUUUGUUAAUGAAUUGAAAACAGCUACGAAGCGAGCGUCUUUUCACAAACUUAUGCAAUACAAAAUAUGCUAAUACUCGAACGCUGCGGAUAAAGAUAUACAUGCAUAUAUAUUAGCUAAAGCAUACGCAUACAAACACACAUACACAUAGACACAAGUACACAUAUGUACAUAUUUAUAAGUGUUUUACUUUCAAAUUGUAGGCAUACUUAGACAGCUUGGCGACAGUCACACUUUUAGGGGUUGUAUCCAUUUGGAAAUUAGAAAAACUCGUGUUUUUGAACUUUUUUUGAAAAGUUGUUUUUUUUUUAAUUAAUAAAUAAAAAUAAUUUUUAUUUACAGAAUUUAAUGUACUUUAAUAAUCGACGGUUCAUUUUGAAAAACUUUGCAUUCCCUGGAUCCCACAGCCGAUAUCCAGUACACCCCCGAAAAUAAAUGUCUGACGGUGAAAAAAAUAUUUCUGAUUAAAAUAAUGUAAAAUCCGAAAAUAUAUAUUAGAAGAUUUUUGACAAAAUGGCAGCUUUCCAAAAAUAGGCCUUUUUUAUGAAAACAAUUAUUUACAUAUUUUGAUUGAAAAAUCGAAAUUAUUAUCAAAAAUCUUAUUUCUUCUAUCCUUACCUGACAAAUAUAUAUAAAAAAAUAUAUAUAUAAGGAGAUCGUGUAAAAAUUUCACCGUUUCAGAGAAAUUUGGCGCACCGACUUGGAAACACAAAAAAAAGUUUUUUUUAAUGAAACAAAAACAGUUUGGGAUAUCAAUGAAAUACUUUAUUCUUGUGAAGUACAUUCGAUGCUAUUAUGUAUGAAACUCGAUUUCUUUUGCAUGGCUACUACGAGUACACUUGCAGAAAUCCAGACGCCAAAUCCAAUUUUCGUCGUUUUUCAAGCAUAAAUCGGCCGAUACUGCUGCAAUUUCACGUUCGAACGUGGUUGACAUAGACCAAAGUCUUGACGUAGCCCCACAGAAAAUAGUCAAAAUCGCACGACAAAGGCGGCCAAUUGACUGGGCCCUUUCGUGAGAUAACACGUUCACCAAACUUGGAAUUCAAUAAAU